AUGGCGGGCACCAUGUGCGCGGGAGGUAUGGAGAAAUCCUGCACCAUUUCCGAACCCACGGCACACAACGGGAUUCCGUCACCCCGACCUGGCAACAGGGAGGAGCGGAUAAACCACCACCUACUCCUGCAGCCACAUAGGCCGAAAAUUAGCGGUACAAGAGACCCUGAUGAGCGGCUCAUGGCGAAAGCUUUAGGGGAACGGAACAUCGCAUCACGAUCACUCCCGCCGUGGACAUCGGGGCUUGCCGCCAAGCGAGCUACCCUCACACAAGGACUCUCCUCGCACUCACCUGCCACCCAGCUUGCACUACCACUACCCAGACAACAGCACAAUCAAGCGGCAGACGCCGAGAUACCGGCGGGGUAUGACACCAACCCGAGGACGAUCGACAGUGGCAGGCUCCACAAUGAGCGGCUGAUACCCAAGAGACUCCGGCGAGGACCCUACAGUACAGCAUGGAUAGACUAUACCAUGAUGCCUGCUCUGAGGGACAUUCACUCCAUGCUAAAUGAAAGUAGCAGAGCAGGUAUCGGAUAA